AUGUCUGCUGGGUCCCUGGGUGCCAACGCAGUUUCUCGCGGCGCGACAACCUCAAUGCCCACUAUAAAACGCAUGGCAAACGUGGGGGUCGCAAUCGGCUGGCCACUUGACCAUGCUCGCCAUGACUGA